GCCCUAAGUAAGAGGUUGAUUGGUAAGUGCUGUGAUUUUAUUUUUUGACUGUAAAAAUAUUGCUGUGGUUUUUAUUGUUUUGGCUUUAGAUUUUUAAUUUUUAAAAAUCUUUAAAUUUGGGCUGUAAGUUUUUGUCUCUGCAGAGAAAUUGUAAAGACAUAAAUUCAAAAAAGUGAUGUGGAUUUUAUAAAAUGGCUGUGAACUUUGAAAAAAAUAGAAAUCAAGAUUGAUGUAGAUUUAGUGUUCUAGAAAGAAAUGAGACUGUAGAGAGCACUCACAGCCACUACCAAUCACACCUUAAAGCUCCUUGUCUUUUCACGACUCAUCUGUAAAAUACCACUGCCCUGGGAUGGAUUGUAGAUUUCUAAUCUCUACUGGUUAGAUUCCUAACCACGACCCAUCUAUACAAAAAUGUUUUUUUUGUUGAGUUAAAUUUAACAUUCAAUUUAAAAAAAAGCAGCUAGAACUAUCUUUGUGAUUAUUUUUACUAGAAAAAUUAAGGGAAUCAAUGUGUUAUGUGCAGAAGCGAUCGCGAAGUUCUAUUCCACUUCCAUAUAAAGUAGAUUUUAGAGGUUAGUCAAUAUGACAUAUCAUAAUUUAUUUAAAACAUGUGUUAUUUAUAUUAAGAAAUUGUAACCAUUCUUCCAUAUGAUCUUUUAAUUUAAUUUGUUAGACUAGGUUUUCAGGACACGUGACUAAUUAUAAAAUGUAAACGAAAUAAUUUAGUCGUUAAAACCUUGCGGAUAUAAUUGAAAUCUUUCCAGUACAAGUGGUUACAAAACCAAACUCAUCCUCGUUUAGUUACAAGUACAACAAUUUUUCAAACAAACAUGUGUCACAUAUCAUAAAAGAUUUUCGGAUUAUUCGUUUUUUAUUUCCUAAGAGUAUUAUUCGUUUAUGCGGAAGUCUAUAUUAGUACAUGUUGUAAUGAUGACAACGAGAGACAUAAAAUACUAUUAAUUUUUUUAGUGAUUAUUGAAGUCCCACAUUGUGUGGUGAUAAGGUCUUGGGCAAUAUUUAAAUGUAUGGACAAUUUCACACUCUUAGCUUAGCUUCUGGGUGCAAUUUAAAUUCAUUACUAAUAGUGAUUGACAAAAAAAGAAAAAAAAUAUAGUUUAUGUGAAGUUUUUUUCCUAUGAAAAAGGUUGGUUAGUUAUUGGCUUAUUGCACACACUGGUUAGUUAUUGAUCUUCAUAAAUUCGUGCAAAAAAAAAUUGGUUAGUUACUGCACACAUUGAUCUGUAUCUUGAAUUCCUGAUACUAUUAUAAAGAACAGAACAACUUGCAUAUUUGUGAAAUUUCCCAUAAAUAUACGACGAAUGUUUAAUUGGAAUAACUGAUAAUCUUAGAAAUAAUUUCUACAGGAGUUCCAUAUCUACUUUUUCUGAUCUUUCGAUAAAAAUAUGAUCUUAAUAAAAAUAUCCCAAAUCUACAUUGCAUUCUCCUAUAUAUAUAUCCAUACAACAUCUAAAAUGUCUUUAAUUAGAAAUUUUAAUUAAGAACAUAUGCAUUAUAGUCGUAUCUCAUCAAAUUUUUUUUUCUCUAGUUUUUUAAAGUUUUUGUCACAAAAUAGUCAUCAAUGAGAAAAAUAAACAAAAUAAAUUUUAUUAAAGAGUAAAAAUACAUUUAUACCUUAAGAUUAACUAAUAUAGAUAUAUGGUUUAAAGUUACGUGGUAGGAUUAAUUUUGAGGAUAGAGUUUCAAAUUUAAAAAAAAAAAUUUAAAAAUUUAAAAAAAAAAAAAAACUAUUUUGGUCAUUUUCUUCAGGUUAUUUUUGUAACAAAAACUUUAAAAUGACUAUUUGAGAGAAUUAACCAAAAAAAUCAACACGAAAUUAAAUAUGAAUAAAAUAUUUUCUGUUCAUAUUUUGAGAAAUUCAAAAUUGGGAUACCUCACUAAGUGUACUCGAAACGUGCUCAAAUGUAUGAUUCUCAAACAUAACGUUAAUGUAGUUACGUUACAACAUCAUCUCACUUUCACAUGGUUUAUAAAUAUGAAUUUGCCAUUGCCUGCUUGUCUUACAACACAAGUAAACUAUCAUCUCUCUCUUCUUUUUUUACUAAACUAUCAUAUCUCUUUCCCUCUCUCUAAAUCAAAUCUUCUGCACAAAGUUAAAGACUUGAAGGUAAAUAUUACCGAGCUCUGUCUCUCUAUGUAGAUGUUUCAUUACUACAAAAGAAGCUAUAUUCUCUAUCUAGUUGAUUAAUUUUUCAUCCACACGUUCUUGACUUAUUCCGAUGUUGCAUCUUUUUUUGGCAUCUAUUUUUGUUGCCAAUACCUUGAUCGGGUAAAGAACUUUGGUAGUUUUAGUUUGCACGGUCAUAUCCCACCCACUUAACAUGUUACUUAUAUUUCUCUUAAGAUUUUAUUAAAUAGAAAAUUAAGCUAUUAUUAAUUGACUCUAAAUAAUAUAUCCCUUGUUGUAUAGGAAGCAAAAUGGAUGUGUGGUAUAUCAUUCUUGCAAUCGUCUUCUUUGCAUCUAUACUCGUCGCAAAGAACACGAGAAAGACAAAGAAAAACCUACCUCCUGGACCACCAAGGCUUAUUAUAAUUGGUAACUUGCACCAACUGGGAUCCAAACCUCAUCGUUCCAUGUUCAAAUUAUCUGAAAAAUAUGGAGCUCUAAUGUCCCUCAAGCUUGGAAAGGUGUCUACCGUUGUGGCGUCAACUCCAGAGACAGUGAAAGAUGUCUUGAAAACGUUCGACGUUAAUUGUUGUUCACGACCUUACUUGACGUACGCUGCAAGACUUUCAUACAACCGCAACGACCUCAGCUUUUCUCCUUAUAGCAAAUAUUGGAGGGAAAUGAGAAAGUUGACAGUUAUAGAGCUCUACACUGCGAAAAGGGUGAAGUCGUUUGGACAUAUCAGAGAAGAAGAAGUUGCCUCUUUCGUUGACUUCAUCAAACAAUCUGCCUCAUUGGAGAAGCAGGUUAACUUCAACCUCAAGUUUAUGAAAUUGUCAGCAAGUGUGAUUUGUAGGCUUGGAUUUGGGAUGAGUCUUGAAGGGAGCAAACUUGAGAUUACUUACGAUGAAGUCAUUCAAGGGAUCAUGGAGGUUCUAGGGAGUUUUGCAGCAGCAGAUUUCUUCCCCAUUGUUGGUAAAUUAAUCGAUAGGCUCACAGGGUUACAUGGCAAAUGUGAGAAGGUUUUUCAAGCAAUGGAUACAUUUUUCGAUGAAGCUAUAAAGUGUCAUUUAGACGAUGAGAGUAUCAAAGAUGAUAUCAUAGCCUUGCUCCUCAAGAUGGAACGGGGAGAGAUUGGACUUGGAGAGUUUCAACUUUCUCGAAACCACACCAAAGGAAUUCUUCUUGCAAGUACUGGAAAAACUUGUAAUAUUCAAACUUUAUCAUCUAAUUUUUUUGUUUUGUUAUUACAGGACAUUCUUGUUGCUGGGAUAGACACUUCUGCCCAAACUGCAACAUGGGUGAUGACACAUUUGAUUACAAACCCAAGAGUUAUGAACAAAGUGCAAACCGAGGUGAGAGAAGUGGUCAAAAACAAAGACAAUAUCACAGAAGAUGAUAUAGAGCAACUGAAGUAUCUCAAAAUGGUGAUUAAAGAAACAUUAAGGAUAAACCCGCUUGUGCCACUUCUAAUUCCAAGAGAGGCGUCAAAGGAUAUAAAGAUCAGAGGUUAUGACAUUCCAAAAAAUACAUGGAUCUAUGUCAACGUUUGGGCCAUUCACAGCAACCCAAACAUUUGGAAAGAUCCAGGAGCUUUCAUCCCUGAGAGGUUUGUGGACAAUGAAAUCGAUUAUAAAGGUCUAAAUUUUGAGUUGCUGGCAUUUGGUAGUGGAAGGAGGAUGUGCCCUGGUAUGGGUGUGGGUAUGGCUUUGGUACACUUGAUUCUUGUCAAUCUUCUUUACCGUUUCGACUGGAAGCUCCCGGAAGGAAUGGAGACAAGAGAUGUUGAUCUUGAAGAAUCAUAUGGACUUGUCUGUCCUAAGAAAAUUCCACUUGAGCUUAUCCCGGUUAUUACAAAGUGGAGUUGACUUUUAUAUAUAUUAUUGUCAUACUUUAUUUGGAAGUGUUUUGAAGGUGUUACCAUUAUCAAUAAGAAACAUGUUUGAUGAAUCCAGUUUUAAGCAAAUUAUGUCUGGUAACCACAACGUUUUAUGUCGGCUAAUGCAUGUUUUCAAACAAGUCUAACAAAUUAAUUUAAUGGACCACAGAAAAAUGAUUACAAAUUCAUGAUCCAAAAUACAAUUAAGAUAUGACGUUUUGACUAACCAUAAAAUCUACUUAUUAAUGAAAGUAGAAGAGAACUUCACCAUCAGUACUCCGCCUAAAACGUGGAUUUUCUUAGUUUUGUUCGUAAAGAUAAUCACAAAAUUAUAUUUCUCGAUAUUAUAGUUCAGUCUCUUCAUCUAUCCUUAUAAGUUUUUCCUGGUCCAUGAAAUUAUCUGAUAUUCAAUAACAUACUCGCAAAAGUUUAUGAUCAUCAUGCAAAUACAACUUCCGCCUUCAGAUGAAAUAUUGAGUAACAGGACUUAGGGUUCAUGCAGGAAUAUUCCCUGAUUUAGACUAUAGUGUGAAACAAUAGUAACGUUGAUAAAACAAAAAAAGUUGUUGUUACAAGAGAAAACGUGCACACAUAUGGAUUCCUCAAACAUUUUCCUUAUUCAAAUUGAAAAGACUUUCAAGAUACGUUCAAAUGUUACAUCUUAAACAAUGAAAAUAUAAAAAAGUUUUAAGUCCAUUGGGUAAUGACCGGGAUGAGUUCAAGUGGAAUCUUCUUAGGAGAGACAAGUCCAUAUGAUUCUUCAAGAUCAACAUCUUUUGCGCCCAUUCCGUCCGGUAGCUUCCAAUCAAAAUGGUAAAGAAGAUUGAUAAGAGUUAAGUGUACCAAAGCCAUACCCAAAUUCAUACCGGGGCACAUCCUCCUUCCACACCGAACGGCAACAACUCAAAGUUUACACCUUUAUAGUCAAUAUCUUUGUCCAUAAACCUCUCGGGGAUAAACACUCCUGGAUCUUUCCAAAUGUUUGGGUUCCUGUGAAUAGCCCAUACGUUGACUUGGAUCCAUGUCUUUUUUGGAAUGUCAUAACCCCCAAUCUUUAAAUCUUUUGACGCCUCUCAUGGAAUUAAAAGUGGCAAAAGUAGGUUUAUCCUAAGUGUUUCUCUAAUCACCAGUUUGAGAUAUUCGAGUUGUUCUAUAUCUUCUUCUAUGGUAUUGUCUUUGUUUUUAAUCACUUCUCGCACCUCGGCUUGCACUUUCUUCAUAACUCUUGGGUUUGCUAUCAAAUGCGUCAUCACCCACGUCACAGUAUGGGCAGAAGUAUCUAUUCCACCAAUAAGAAUAUCCUGUAAUUAAUAAUCAAUAAGACAAAGAUUUAAACGUUAUGCAACAUGUAAAGAAUCAAGUUAUAUUGAUUGAGAAGUUUCCAUUACUUACUAGGAGAAUUCCUUUGGUGUGGUUUCGUGUAAAUUGAAACUCUCCAUGUCCAGUCUCUUCACGUUCCAUCUUGAGGAGCAACGCAAUGAUAUCAUCUUUGAUACUUUCAUCUUCUAAAUGAUAUUUUAUGGAUUGGUCAAAAAAUGCAUCCAUUGCUUUAAAAACCUUCUCGCAUUUGCUAUGUAGCCCCGUGAUCCAAUCGAUAAACCUACCAACGACCGGGAAGUAAUCUGCUGCUGCAAAACUCCCCAACACCUCCAUGGUUCCUUGAAUGACUUCCUCAUAUGUAUUCUCGAGUUUGCUUCCUUUGAGAUUUAUCCCAAAUCCAACUCUACAAGUCACACUUCCUGACAACUUCAUUAACGUCUGGUUGAAAUUAACAAGAUUCUCAGAUGAAGCAGAUUGUUUCAAGAAAUCAACAAAGGAUGCAACUUCUUGUUCUCGGCUACGACGAAAGACUGUACUCUUUUCCCGGUGAAGAGUUCAACAACCGCCACCUUUCGUACUUCCCUCCAAUAGUUGCUGUAGGGAGAAAACGCGAUAUCGUUUAAACCGUACGUGAUUCUCGCAGGGUAAGUCAAGUAUGGUCGGGAACAGCAAUCAACAUCGAAUGUUUUUAAGACAUCCUUCACUGCCUCUGGAGUUGACGCCACAACGGUAGAUACCUUCCCGAACUUUAGGGACAUUAGAGGUCCAUAUUUUUCAGAUAAUUUUGUUAAUGAACGAGGAGGCUGCGAGCCUAAUUGGUGCAAGUUGCCAAUUAUAGGAAGUUUCAGUGGUCCAGGGGGUAGAUUCAUCGUUUUCUUCUUUGCCUUUCUUGCAAUGAGUAUAGAUGCAAAGAAGACGAGUGCAACAAUGACAUACAACAAACUCAUUUCGUCUUCCUAUAUACCAAAUUAAAUAAAGAAAUCAUUUACUUAUAAACUCAUUCAUCUUUCUUAAAAAAAAACUUGCUUAUAUCAA